CCAUUUGAACACAAAGAAUCUCUACUUUGAGUCUUUGUCUUACCACAUUCUUCGUAAACUUUCCGUCCUUCAAAGCUCUUUACUUUUCAUGAAUUCCCCACCAAAAAAAUGGCCUUUAAAGAUGCUUCUCUUGCUCAGCUCACCAUGUACAAUUUCAAGCUCUUGUCCAUCAAAGCUUCUUUCUCUUUGGAAUCAGUACACUGUAAUCCUUCUAUUUCUAUAUGGUUUCUUAUUAAGGCAGGGGCAGCCGGGCAGGCUUGUUUUUAUUAUUUAUAUCCACAGUCAAUGGCUCCAUCAAGGAAUGCCAGAAGAUGUGCCUUCAUGAGGUUGCUCCAAAUGUUUUGUGGAAGAUCACCUUGUUGUUCAUCAAGAAGGCAGCAUCCACCAAUGAGUGCUGACAACAAGAUGUCUGGCAAAAGACCACAAAGAUCAGUGGAUGAUCAAGCCAAAGCUGAGAAUGAGGAGUUAGAUCAUGCAAUUGCACUGUCACUUGCAGAAGAUGACAAACGAUCAAAUGGGUUUAAAGAUCAUGGAGGUGAUAGUGAUGAAGACCUUGCUAAAGCUAUUCAAGAAAGCUUGAACAUGUCCUCCUCAUGCCAUCCGGACAAUACCGUCCAAUUUUUACCCAGAGGAGAUAGAGUUUGUGGAGGUUGUAAUCGCCAGAUAGGUUAUGGAUAUUACCUGAGCUGCAAGGGGAUCUAUUGGCAUGCCCAUUGCUUUCGUUGCCAUGCUUGUGGUCAGCCUAUCCAGGGCACACAGUUUUAUUUAUCAGGAAGGGCCCCAUAUCACACGUCAUGCUACAAAGAGGCACACCACCCAAAGUGUGAUGUCUGCCAUGAAUUUAUCCCAACAUGCAGAGCUGGCUUGAUAGAGUACAAACUUCAUCCAUAUUGGAAACAAAAAUAUUGUCUCUCUCAUGAGCAUGAUAACACACUUCGCUGCUGUAGUUGUGAACGUAUGGAGUCAUCCAAAGUAAAGUGUGUCUCAUUGGAAGAUGGACGUAGUCUUUGCUUAGAUUGCUUAAAUACAGCUAUCCUGGAUACCGACGACUGCCAACAUCUUUAUCACUCCAUAAGAGAUUUUUAUGAAGGAAUGCAUAUGAAGAUUGAUCAACAAAUACCCAUGCUUUUGGUUGAGAGGCAAGCACUUAAUGAAGCCAUUGAGGGAGAAAAAGAGGGUAAUCACAGGAUACCAGAGACAAGAGGGCUGUGUUUAUCUGAAGAGCAAACUGUCAGCAAUAUAAUCAAAAGGCCAAGAAUGUAUAGAAAUCAAAUUCUAGGCGCAACUAAGCAACCUCAGAAAUUGAUUCGCAUAUGUGAAGUCACAGCCAUACUAGCUCUAUAUGGUCUCCCAAGGCUAUUAACUGGUGCUAUUCUUGCUCAUGAAUUGAUGCAUGCUUGGUUACGUCUUAAAGGUUACCGUGAUCUGAGUCCUGAGGUGGAGGAAGGCAUUUGUCAGGUACUCUCCCACAUGUGGCUUGAGUCCGAGGUUAUGCUUACAGGAGCAAGAAGCACUCCAGCCUUGGACUUUGCUUCUUCGUCUUCAUCUUCAUCAUCACCAUCAUGGAAAAAAACAAAAGGACAGUCUGAUACUGAGAAAGAACUUGGCAAGUUUUUCUUGCAUCAAAUAGCUAAUGAUGUUUCAUCUGCUUAUGGAGAAGGCUUCAGGGCAGCUAAUAAAGCUGUUAAUAAACACGGGCUGCGCAAGACCCUGGAUCAUAUUCGCUUAACAGGAACUCUCCCCAUUUGACGGAGCAAUAGCAUUGAACUAUCGUGGGAAAACUCUACAACAUGUAAUACGGAAUAUAGUGAAUUCAGAGAGCAUUGUAUUUGUGCCAAUAAAAAUGAAGGCAAAAUAUUGUAUGAAAAUGUAACACAUUUCAAUCCCAAGUUUA